UUUUUCUCUCUUUCUUUUUCUCUUUUUUUUUUUUUUUUUUUUAGAUACAAGAAAUUCGCAUUUUUUUUCUUCCCCUGAGCUCAACCAACAUUCCUUUUGAAUGCGCUUUGAUGAACUCUCUCCUUGUUCUUUUCAUCGUUUCCAUGUUUGCCAAGCUCUCGCUUGCCUCUGAUCAUCAUGCCACAAUACUGUGUACAAAUGUUUCUUGCACCAAUACACACCACCAUCAUCAUUAUCAUCGGAUGACAAGAACGCACUGCUGGAAUAUAACUCAAAGUAUACCCACUGCUACAUACAAUACAACACUUGCCACCACUUGCACUACCACGGUGGUGAUACCCACACCGCUCCAUACACCCACAAACAAUCGUUCUCAAUCACGGGCACUUUCUAGAUCCCUCUCAUCACUCUCUAAAUCCAAGUCCAAGUCUAAAUCCAAGUCUAGCUCACUGCACUCAAAAUCUGUCUCGAAAUCGAAAUCAAUGCACUCCAAAUCCGUCUCCAAGUCCAAGUCCGCACGUUCCAAAUCCGUCUCGAAAUCCAAGUCGGUACACUCAAAGUGGAGGUCACAACAAUCUGUCUCACACUCCCGAGCACAAUCCAGAUCACGUUUAGAAGCAGCAGCAGCAGCUGCUACAGCAGCAACAGCAACGUCAACAGUGACAGCAACGAGUGCUACUCCGACCAUAGCAACAACAACAGAGGAGGAGGAGGAGGAGGAGGAUAUAGCCACGCAGACAUCCGAAAAUGCAACAACAGAAUCAGAGACGGCAACCGAUCCAGCCACGGUCACAACCACAGCGACCGAGGCUCCCAACAGUACGACCGAGGCUUUGACGAGUAGUACAUCAAGUACAAAGACAAGCGAGACGACGGGGAUUUUUGCCUCUCCGACCGACAACGGUGUGAGCGAAGGUACGGGCACACCUUGGGACGAAGUCAUGGAUGCAACCGAUGCAUCUGUGACAAGUAACAAUAAGGCACUGGGCAUUGGCUUGGGUGUAGGGAUUGGAUGUAUUGCUGCGUUGGGUUUAGCAGGUUUAUUUAUGCAUAACCGUAAAAAGAAAGGACAGGAAGUCAUUCAAGUUGAUGUGCCUGCUACACGAUGGCGACCACAAAGUUUUAUGGGCGUGGUAGCAUCCGUCGUGUCACGAUUACCUCGGUCUCCUUCACAACGAAGUAAAGCGUCAGGUGAUAUCUUGACACAAGCAGAAACUUCAAGACCAUAAAAGGGAAAUUUUAUUCUCUCUCUCUCUCUCCCUUUUUUUUCCUUCCUCCCCCCCCCCCCUUUUCAAUAAAAACCCUGUUUGUUCAAUUCAUACUCCCCCUUCCUUUUUUUUUUUUUUUGAUGAACAUUUAGAAAGAGGAGUUUUACACACACACACACACCCCUCUCUGAAAUUAAAAUGUGUAUCUGCAACACGUGUCAAAUCAACCAAUUCUGUAAAAAAAAAA